AUGAAUGUUUCUUCCACUUCUGAUAUUGAAAUAGCCUUCUGGUGCACUUGGGCCCUGACUGUCACUCAUGAGGCAUGUGAAUAUACCCAACAGAAAUUCAAUGCAGAGAAGACAGGAGGAGACCCAGUUAUACCUGCUCCUAACCUAGACACUGAUCUGGUGAUGGCUUGUGAUCAAUUGGUGGAUUGCCUCAUAAAGGCAUAUAAAAAUACCAUUCAAAUGCAGACCAAUAUUGCAAGAUAUAGCAAAUUGAUCUCCUUGAAGGACACUGGGCAUAAUGAAGAGAGAGAGGAGAAGUUGCUUGAGAGGUGUCCUCCUGGCCAUGAGGGUACAAAGUUGGUCAGCAUACUCACCACAAUUCUCAAUGUAACCUGUGCCAAAUUUGCUCAGUCCAAACCUUGA